AUGCUACAAAAAUCUGAGCUUGGCGAGGAGCCUCAAAUUUGCGUCUGUCCUCAUUGCAAGUAUCAGGGCUAUUCCUUUGUCGAAAGAGACCCUGGUUGCUGCAUCUUUCUGAUGUGUACUGGCUGCGUCUGCAUGGGCUGCGUCGCUGGUUGCUGUCUCAUGCCCUGCGUUGUUACUGAUUUCAAGGAUGUCACUCAUUACUGUGUCAACUGUGGCUUGAAGAUCGGAACACAUCCGAUUUUCUUCUGUUGA